CAGCAGCAGAGGAAGAGUGGGGGAGGAGCUCUGCUCACCCACCUCCACCAUCGCCACCACCAAAAGCUUCCUCUCCCUUCCUGCUCCAGCCCCACCCCCCUUCCCUCAAAGGAACCUCCUCAGAUUGAUUCGUUUGUUCACUCCCCCCUCCCCUGCACUGCCUGGAACUGAGAGGAGAGAGAGGGGGAGGGGUUGAGUGCAACGCAAGGCAGUAUUGACACUGUCAGGAGCAGCAGCAGCUGACACAGCUUUCUUCUUCCUCCUCUGGAGUCCAGAUCAGAGCAGAGCAGCGAAUCGCAGUCGUGGUGGGGAUCGAGCGCAUUGCGCACCGCACCAGACAAGGCGGCGGCAAGCGCAAGCGACCGAGAUAAAAGUCCCAGAGCAGAGAAUAAUGCAGCAGCAGGGGGGCGGUGCUGCGACGAGGAGGCGGCUGUCGGUGCCGAGGAGCGGCGGUGCUGGUGGUGCGGGGACGGGCGCGUCGGUGUGGGAAACGAGGAUGAAGAUGGACGAGGUGAAGGGAGGGGUCAAGGUCUUCAGCGCCGGCGGGGAGGACGCGGACGAGGAGGGGCUGCGGGUCUACCGCCGCCUCAGGCACGACCAGGGUGGCGCCGGCGGCACGUCGGCGGCCGCGGCCAAGAAGAGGCGUAACUGGAAGGCGUCCGAGCCAGUCACCGCGAUCGGGGACCUCCGCAAGCCGCGCUCCGACGCCGCGGCGGUUGGGGUGGUCACCACCGCCAAGCGGUCCGUCACGAGGGUCACCACGCCAGAGAAGAAGGUUGCCGCCGCGGCCGCUGCCGCCGCCGAGGUGAAGGAGGUGGUGGUGGUGGAAGUGCCGGAAACCAACAACAUGGAGGACGAAGCAGAGGGGGACUACGACGAAGAACUGGACGAAGAAGAAGAGCUAGAAGCAGAGGACGACCAAGAGGAGGAGAAGGAGGUGCUGGACCAAGAUCACAUGGCCAUUGACGGCGACGAGGCCGCCAAAUCAACAGCUCCGAAUCAAGUGGAUGAAGAAGAUCUUGAGCCACCAACCAAAAGAGGGAUUAAGAUUAUCCAAACUUCCGUGGAGGAUGAGAGAGCGGCAAAUCCGGAGCCAGUCAAGCCUCCUCAAGAGAAGAAGAUUGCUGCGACGAUCGAUCUCCGGGCGAUGAACCCAGAGCCAAUUGUCAUUCCACCAGUGGAGAAGAAGGCUAUGCCAGUGAUAAUUCACCGCAUGACGAACGCAGAGCCAGCUAAACCUUCUCCAGAGAAAAAAGCUUCGCCGCUGAUCGGCCGCCGGAUUCCGAAGCAAGAGCCAGUCACUGCACCUCCUGUUGUCUUUUGCUCUCCUCAAGUUGAAGAAGAGUACGAGGAGAUUCAGGGCAGGCCAUCAGCACCCAGCAGAAGCAAUGGAAGAAUGCAGAAUAUUGUGGACUUGGUGAUGUGGAGAGAUGUCUCCAAGUCUACACUUGUAUUUGGGUUAGGGACCUUCUUGCUGAUCUCCUCCUCCUAUGCCAAAGACCUAAACUAUAACACAAUCACUGCAGCUUCGUAUCUUGGCCUAGUCUACCUUGGCCUAAGAUUCCUUAGCAAGUCCAUACUUAACAGGGGAGAGAGUGUGGACUGUGAUGAUGCUGAGAGAAGUGGUGAAAGGUACCUGGUGGGGGAGGAGGAGGCCAUCUGGCUGCUGAGGCUUGUGCUGCCUUACAUCAAUGAGGUGCUCCUGAAUCUGAGGUCUCUCUUCUCUGGUGAGCCUGCAACCACCAUGAAGCUGGCACUGCUGCUGUUUGCAAUGGCCCGGUGUGGCAACUUUGUCACCCUCUGGACACUGGCAAAGCUGGUGUUCUUUGGGGUCUUCAUCAUUCCGAAGGUGUGCUCCUCUUACUCCACCCAGCUUGCAAGAUAUGGCAGGUUUUGGCUGGAGAGGUUGAGGGAUGGAUGGGAGUCUUGCUCCCACAAGAAGGCGGUCGUGGCAGCCGUCUUCACCCUCGUCUGGAACGUCUCUUCCACGGUUGCUCGUGUCUGGGCUGUGUUCAUGCUAGUGGUGGCGAUGAAGUGCUACCAGCAGCGGAUGAUGGAGUACGGCUGGAGCAGCACGGUAGAGGAUGCACAGGAGGCCGGCGACGAUGAGCCACCGCAGGUAGAAACUCCGGCGAGAUCAAGCCCGGCCAAGGCGCAGGACCACGAGGCACAAGCAUUUGGGGCGGCGGCGCCGCGGCACCGCCGGACGCCGGUCUCCGGCGAGUUUGCAAGGGAGAGGUUGAGAGUGAGGGGUGGCAUCCAGCCUAGGUGACAGGAGAAAAUCCGGCUGCCCUGUGCUUUUUUUUCUUCUCAUUUUUUCUUUCAUUCUUUUCUCUAUUGUGGUAGUAUUGAGUGCUACGUUGUGCAGACAGUACAGGUUGGCCGGUGUUGUAAUGUUCUGAUGGUUUCACGAAAUAAUAAGAAUGGCCCAUACGUAGGAGUUCCGUAUAUGAUUAAUGUAAAAUCAAGGAGUGAUCUAUUUGUUUUUUAUGAACAAA